AUGUCAAAUCUGGAAAAAUUAACUUUAAACUUUUCUAUAAAAGAUCGAAAUAGUGUCAUUGAUGGUACUUAUGUUCAACAUGAUAUUUUUGAUUGUAUGCCACAACUUUAUUCAUUCACUUUCUAUAUUUGUACUUAUGUUGAAACGGUUGAUUUAUCCUACAAGUUAUCUAGUGAAGAUAUUCAACAAACAUUAACGAAUAUUGGAUUACAAGAUGUCACUAAUAUUGUCAAUUAUGUUUGUGAUUCAAGAGCUGCAUGUUCGAUUUUCUCACUUCCUUUUCAAUUUGAUUAUCUCAAAGAUCUUGGCAAUAAAUUUCCAAAUAUUGUAUUCAAUUAUGUUACGUAUUUACAUGUGAAAGAUAAUGAUCCAUUCAGACAUGAAUUCUUCGUUCGAAUUGUCCGAUCGUUUCCAUUACUGAAAUAUUUACGUAUUUAUAAUGUACGAUCAUCGUUACCAGUUGAUCUUAUGACAUUUUCAUCUGACAAUUGUCAAUUAUACUCAACUAUUGAAUAUCUGCAUCUAACUAUACUUGAUCUGAGUUGUGCACAUAGAGAAUAUAUUGAACAAUUUCUAAAUGAAACAAAGACAUAUAUGCCUUGUCUGACGGAAUUAUUCGUCAUGGUACGUGACUUGACAGUUGUAACAAAGAAUUUUACAAGAAACGAAACACGACGCAAUUGUGCCAAAGUGAAAACAUUAUUUAUCCUACCACCACUGUUACAUGUAGAAGGUUUAUAUGAUUACUUUCCUUCGUUAUAUAAGUAG